UCUUAAGGAAGUGGUCUGUUUUGGAGGAGAUAGGUCAGGCCGUAAGUGCUUCCAGCACAGUAGAUGGCGGUGCAGGCGUCUCCCAGUGAGAUGCAAUCUCUAAUAAUAUGGCUAUGCCAGAGAAUGUCUAAUAAGGGACAUAAUAACCCUAACCCGUAGAUGGGCUCUGGCUAUGCCUGGAACCGAACCCGAAUAAGAAAAAACAGACGAAGACAUGGCUGGUUUGCAGGGGGCGACAGUGUUGUAUCUGUUCGCUUUGUGUGGAAAGAAGAAGAAACACUUCCUUUUUAUUUUCGUGUUUAUUUUUAUGUUUUGCGUCAAUUACAGACCGCGCAGUUUGCUGUUGUAGGUACAAUACAAUACAGAUAACAUGUGUAGUUUAGGAAUUCCUUUGGGAGUUGUCAACUUGAAAGGUUACAUUUUACCCGAAAAGAAAGUUGUAAGGGCAGAAGAUGCAGAUUCUGACUCUGGUGAAGAUGAGGAAGAAAAGCAGCCAGAAUUCCUGGAUAUGAAAGAAAUGCUCAGCGUUAGUUCUGGAGGACACAUGUUCAAUUCAUCUAUACCUGCAAAGAAGGAAGUUGAAUUCCAGGACCUACAGUCAGGAAAGAAAUUAAGAGUAGACGGAUGUUUCGCCCUGAGGGACCCUUGGUGGGAGGUCACAUGCACGGCACAACAACGCAGAAAAAAGAUGGUCUUGAAGGGUAACCCCAGCUACAAGUUGCGCACUGAUCUAAAUAGAGAAGAAGGAAAAUCCAUAAUGUCUCUUUUCAUGACUGCCUGUGACAUAACGGCAGAGUUUGUUAACCAGUUCUUUCAGUGGCUCGAUGCCAGUGGAAAAAACAUCGGUUUCUCUAACCUGCUGGACGUCCUGACUGAGUUUGAGAAUGAAGAAAUAAACAGAGCAGUGGCGCAGCAGAUCAAAAACUUGGUCGUCAACUCAGUUGCAGGGAAGCGGGUUCAGGCGGCAGCCCUGUAUCCUCUAGUCAUGCAGUACCUACCCUCACUGCUCCCAGGACAUUUCACUGACCUGCUACGCAAGGGCAAGGGGAAUGAAAAGCAACCUACCACCCAGAUGACACAAGCCCCACAGGUAGCAGAAGAGGAGGAGGAGGAAGAGGAGGAGGAAGGGGAGGAGGAAGUGGACCUCAGUUUACUGGCCAAACUGGAAGAGAUGAUAAAAACUGAUGUUUGGAAGUUGGGUUUCAACUAUCUCAUGUCUAAAGAGUUGAAGCUUGUCCGCUGUGAGGCUCAGCUCAGGGCCUUCGAUGAAUGCCGGCUGCUCUGGCGGAUUCCCGACCUGCAGCGCAACGCCCUUCGUGUCUACGACUAUCUGAAGAGUUACUGCUACAGAACAGGAAGCACCUACAUGGAUAUCAAGCCCCUGUGCGAGGACCUGCGUCAAAAGGUCGGCCUGGCUGAUGAAGAAGGGGUGUGGAACGCCGUACACUUCCUGAAGGAGCAGGGGGUGCUCAAGUCUGACCGCCAGAAGGUGGCAAUCAGGAACCUGUUCUCCUACGAGAAGGGCAUCAACGACUGCCUCGGCGCCCUGGUGGAGGGCGAGCCCUGGCGCAUCCCGUUGGACGUUAGGAAGGUGCUGCGCGCCGCUGAAGAGGAGAGGAAGAAGAAGGGAGGUGCGGGGGAUGCGGUGGGCUCUGGCGGUGGAGAGGACUCGGGCACAAAGCCAGCUGCGACAGAAAAACGGAACUUGACUGAAAUGGACAGAGUGGAUGUUGCUACUGCCUGUGCACACUCCACUGCCAAAGUUGAAUGUUCUGCAGGUACAGAAACCGACUUUUUACCCAUGGCCCACAUCAAACAGGACCCUGACAGCGACCAGAGCCAGGCCGCCGUGGAGCUUGACCCAGACCAGGUGCGGGCGGCCGAGAUGAUCUGUGCCAACCCCGUGACGAUCAUCAGCGGUAAGGGCGGUUGCGGCAAGACCACGCUGGUCAGCCUGGUGUUCAAGGCUGCCAUGCAGCAGCAGAGCCACGACAGGGAGGAGGUGGAAAGGGCAUGCGCGGACUACAAGAACGACGAUCAAGGCUCGGAGAACUGGCAGGAUCUGGGGCCCGGCCUCCUGGGGCCCGGCCUCCUGGCCCACACGGAGGGUCAGGUGAAGGAGGAGGCCGCCGACGGAUCGUCCAUACAGGCUAAAAACGAGGUCCUGCUCACCGCUCCCACUGGCAGAGCUGCCGCCAUGUUGACCAAGAAAACCUGCUUCACCGCCUUCACCCUGCAUCAGGUAAUGUGGAGUUUCAUGAAGGCAAAGAAGGAUGGGAGCGGGCAGCCCGAAAACUGGAAGUUUGCGUCGGUGCGUGUCCUGGUGGUGGACGAGGGCAGCCUGGUGUGUGUGAUGCUGCUCCACUCCAUUCUCACCAUGCUGACCAAUCACGCCAGGCUCAGGAAGUUCAUCCUCCUGGGGGAUGUGAGGCAGCUGCCCAGCAUCAUGCCGGGGAACACUCUCCACGACCUGUUCCACAGUCUGACGCUGGCCAAGUAUGCCAUCGAGAUGAGGACCAAUCACCGGGCUGAGUCUGAGCUCAUCGUCAACAACUCUGGACAAAUCUCAGACAUGGGCAUGAGAGGUUUCUUUCGUCCUUUGGACUUUGAUGCCACUGUGGACCCGAACGAGUCCUGCACCAUGCCCUCGGCGGACAAGAGUUUCAUCCUCGUUCUUCUACCCAAUGAUCCUGAUGAGCUGCCCAAUGCUAUCAAACGGCUGUUGGCAGAAGCUCCCGGGCUGCAGGAUCACAAGACGUCUCAGUUCAUCGCUUUUAGAAGGAAGGAGUGCGCCAUGAUCAAUGAUCUUUGCUGUAAGCACUACUGCGACCACCUCACCAAAGACCACAGGAGCAGAGUGGUGUUUCAACCCGGGGAUAAAGUCUGCUGCACCAAGAACGGCUACGUCACCAACGAGGAUGAAAAGGCCCCAGAUGGAGCAGAGAGAGACAGCUGGCCCAGCAGCACUGCGAUGAACGCGGACGGAAGGGACGAGGAGCAGAAACAGGCGGACAAGAACAAGCUGCGCCUCUGCAACGGAGAGAUAUUCUUCAUCGAGCAGGACGUCACUAAGGAGGAGGUCGGCAGGCGCCGCAGGAAGACGCGCUACCUGACCUUGAGGGAUUGUGACGACCGGGUUGUGACCGCGUCCUACAGAGAGCUGCAGAAAGAGUGCAGGCUGCAGCACGCCUGGGCUCGAACCAUACACACCUUCCAGGGCUCGGAAACAGAGACCGUUGUGUAUGUGCUAGGAAACGGCAAAGCUCAAACCUGGAAGCACAUGUACACAGCGGUGACCAGAGGACAGAAGCGGGUGUAUGUUGUGGCUCACAAGGGAGGCAUAAAGUUUGCCAUCCAAGCCCCGGUCAUCCAACGCAACACAAGGCUUAAGGGGCUGGUCAAGGAGCUACUGGCGGGACAGAUCGUUCCCAGUCAACCCGGGUCCAGCCAUCCCCUUGCAGGCACACCAGGCAGGCCGGCCCCUGGUUUUGGGCCUACACAGUCCACCCCUCGGUCCUCACAAAAGCCCAUUUCCUCCAGAGCACUUUUCGGCCAGUCUACACCUGUCACAUCCAAAAGCCUUUUGCGGGAUGGUGAAGUGGUCGCAGUUAAGAAAGAGGAAGCUUCAGAUAUGUCUCUUCGAGAUGACGUGAUUUUUAACGAGACAUACUCCUGGUCAUCUAUGAACAGCUCUGACGACCACUCUGGUGAGCUACACCCUGAUUACAUGACAUCAGAGGCUAACUGUGCAAGAAAGGAUGGCCAUGUUGGCACUGCUCUAACUCGAGGUUCGCCUGGCAGCAAGAGGAUUCUCAGCCCUCUAGACAGCUGCACCCCUAGGAAACAACUCAAGGCAGAGCCGAUGGAGUCGCCACUUGGCUGUUCCAGCCUGCAGGAGCUCACCCUCCACACACCUAAGGGGAAGAGGCUGUUCCAAGAUCCUCCCUCUGAGGGCACAUUUGACUGAUUUUUAUUUAUUCAGAAGGAACAUGUUUGAAUAUCAUGUGACUGGCCUUCUAGUAUGAUUUUUAAAGACUUUUUGAGGGGGGAAAUAUGAAGAAAAAAAAAAACGUUUGCCUUUAAUUUAACCAAAAACUUAUAUGCCUUUUGUAUUCAUGCCAAAUGUAACACUCAUGGAUACAUGUACAUUUUAAAUUACCAAUGCUGCAAGCUAACAGUAAAAAAAUAUAUAUAUAUUGGGUUAAAAAACAUGGUUUAAGCAUUAUCUAUAAUGUAGUUUGCUGAACCAUAAUCCCUAUAGGCUAUGUAUUGCAUAUAUUGUAAUGUACAAUACUGUGUAGACUAUGAAUUGCAAGACUGUUGUAAUAGAAUACCUAUUUAAGUUGGCCUUAAAUAAUGUAAUGGUUAAAGGGUAAUUUAGCUUAGUAUGCCAGAAGAGGUACAGUGAUAAAAAAAUUAUUACUGUUUGACAACAUGCAUUUUGGUUAACAAAAAUGUAUUUACUUAGUCCUUUCCUACAUUAAACAUCCUAC